CAUUUCUGUCGUUGGUAUUCAUUAUCCAUACACCCACUCUCAAAUCUUUUUUUAUUAUAGAAAUUUUCAAUAAUAUUAGCUAGUCUUUUUUUGUGUGUGUGUUUUCUUAACUUAUUAUAAAAUAGGCUAGCUGCUCGAUUUACUAGCUUAGAGCUAGGAGGGGAUAGCUAUUCACAUAUAAGUAGUUUUAUCUGUUGCUAUCAGAGUUUUAACUUUUAAAGUCUCAGGUAAGUCUGCGCUUUUGCCAUGACUACAACUACUACAGUUUUCCUCUUGGUGAUUUCAUGCUGCUUCUUGUGGUUGUGUUUACCAUUUCCUUUGGAUGUUGAGGCUUCAUCAGCAGCAAAAGUGGCUAAUCCCCAGAUCACUGUCAUGGGUUUGGUUUACUGUGAUAUUUGCUCCAAUAAUUCCUUCUCCAGGCACAGCUACUUCAUGCCAGGUGUAGAAGUUAAGAUAGACUGCACCUUCAAAGCAAUGUCAGCAAGGACAGCAGAGCUGGUAUCAGUGUCAGUCAACAGAACUACCAACAGAUAUGGUGUUUACAGGUUGGAGAUACCAUCUGUGGAUGGAAUAGAGUGUGCUGCAGAGAAAGCAAUUGGCAAUUCCUGCAGAGCUAGCCUUAUUGGAACUUCAUCUUCUUCCUGUAAUGUACCUGGCUCUACAAGAACCACUACUGAUGAAAUUACCAUCAAAUCAAAACAAGCAAAUAUGUGCAUCUAUAGUCUCACUGCUCUGAAUUUCAGACCUUCUAAGAGAAAUGUUGCUCUUUGUGGGAAUUAGGAGCCCCAACAACUGAAUUUCACUUGGAUGGAUUCCUUUGUAAUUGUUCCAUAUAUGUCUUCUCCUCGUCUUUCACUUUCCAAUUUCCCGUUUAUAGGGAAUAAUAUGUAUAAUUCAUUUGUCUCCCUUAUAUUUUCAGUAAUCAUGUGCCUUGUGCCUCGUCCUCAAUUUCUGGUAAUCAAAUUCUUGCAUCACACUAUGCAUGUGAAUACAAGGAAAUGUAUUAGAAACAGGCAAUAAGUCUUGCUGUUGUUAGCUGGUUAAUCAAUCUGUUUUCUCUUUGAUGGACAAGAAAGAAAGAAGGUUUAUCUUUG